AUGACAUUUACAGAUGACGAAUUAAUGACAUUCCCAAUACAUCUUGUUUUCAAACGUGGGCAAAAAGCAAAGCUCUCGAUGGAAAUUAUUCCUGAUGACAGACGUUCCGAGGCCGACAAGCUCACAAUAAAGCUCAAACAAUAUUUAGAUCCUGAGAGCUUCAAAGGCUACCUUGGGGGAAUGAUCGAGACGGCGUAUGAACAAAUAGGUGCAACUUCUGCAGACCUUGACGGUGAUGUCCUUCGGAUUGUUCUCACUGAUCCUAAUGGACCUGAACUCUCAAUAAUCAGCCUCCCUUGGUCGGAAACGGCAUACAAGGAAAACGAAUACAUACAUGGAAUCACGUCUGAUCCAGGAACUACUAUCCUCGCCGUAGUCGCUGCCAAGCACGAUCAUACAACACCAAAGUCUAUUGUCAGCUUUGCAAGAAAGAUGAACCCGGACGGUACACGCAUUCUAGGGAUCAUCACAAAGCCGGACACGCUCCAAUAUGGUGAAGAGCGGAGUGUUAUCAGAUUGGCAAAAAAUGAGGAUGGCUACCUCGGACUAGGUUGGCAUGUCCUUAUGAACGGAAAGGAACGAACCUUGGAUUUCGAGGAUCAAUGCCUUCAGGAAAACUCGUUCUUCGAAACGCAUGCCUGGGAAGAAGUCCCACGGAGCAUAUUGGGUAUCUCAAGUCUGCGUUCAAAACUAAGCUCACUGAUGUUUGGCCACAUCAAAACCACCGCGUCUGAUAUUUACGAGAAAGGAGUUGAUGCACUUGAGGAUUGUGAAACUCAGCUCCGAAAUAUGGGAAAGCAGCGAUCGACUAUAACUGAGCAAAGGGAAUUCUUGUCUACGGUUAGCGAGGAUUUUGGACACUUAUGUAAGGCCGCCUUCUGCGGAGUAUAUAGUGACGAUUUUUUCAGGGAUGGAGUAAGCAUCGAAGGAAAGCUCAAACGACUACGCACGGUUAUUCAAGAUUUGAACACCUCAUUUGCUAAGGAUAUGAAGGCACGAGGACACCUAAAGCAGAUAUCAGAUCAUCGAAUGGAGCAUGGAUCCGGAUUGCAGCAUGAAGGACAAAAGGAGCCGGGAUUCCCAGAAAUUAUUACUCGGAAAGAAGCUGCCUCAUGGGUAAAGACCUUUUUGUUUAAUAGCCGUGGUUGCGAACUUCCAGGAAUUUACAACCCCCUCAUCAUAGGCGACCUUUUCAAAGAGCAAUCCAAACCGUGGGAGGCUUUAGCUCAAAGUCACCUCGAUAAAACGUGGAAAAUUUGCCGCAAGUUCCUGCAAGUCUUAUUCCAACACAUCAUACCAAAAACCGAAAUUGUUAAUUCAAUAUUCUCACACCUAAUUGACGAACAAAUGCGUGUAAGGUUUCUUCACGCUAGUGAUGAACUAAAGAGAUUGCUCGCCGAGAGAUCAUUACACACGAUUACCUUGAAUGAUGAAUUUUUAGAAAGGAAGAAUGCUAUUCGAAGGAAAAUAAUAGAGAAACGUUGCAAUCUCGCCAUUCAAUCUAGCGCAUCUUUUGGUUGGCCCAGUGGACCUGUUACCUUGAAGCCAGACAUGUUUUGUGCUACACUUACUUCAUCACUCUCGGAGGACUUGGAUGAUAAUUCUUGUAGCGAGAUUUUGGAUGGGAUGGGUGCUUUUUACCAGGCUUCCUUGGAUGUAUUCAUACAUAAUGUAGCCGCCCAAGUGAUCGAGCGUCAUUUACUCGACAAGCUCUGGGAAAUUCUCUCGCCAUCCACUGUAGCACGCAUGCCAGAAAGCCUAGUUUCCGAUAUUGCAGCGGAGUCGAUAGACGACCAGUACCAGAGGAAUCGGUUAGAAAUAAGAAAGAAAAGCCUUCAGACAUCCCUUGAAGCCUGUAGGGAUGCAUUGUGGGGUAACAGUAUAGGAAACACAUACACUACCGGCGGUAAACCUCAGAGCUAUUUUACAUCGUUUAUCGAUCCUAUGGAUCUUAAGCUUAUCUUCAAAAACUUAUCUACUCAAGACAUGACUAUGCUUGAGAAUCCCUCGGGGACAGAACCUGUUGGGACUAGUAGUGCGGUUCUCGCUGCGCAAAAAAAUAUAUUUACGUGGGUGAAUCCUGGUAGAGCAACGCCCCAAAGCCCAAUUGUGCUAGUAGGAGGAGCAAACGUUGCAGUAGCUGGUACCAAACCAGCCACCAAUCCUAAUGAAGCUCUAUCCACCAAUAUUUUUUCCCCCAAACCUAUCGCCAAUCCUAACGGAGCCACAUCGACUAGGAGUAGUGCUUUUGAUACAAAAUCUACUACAAGUGCUCGUGGACUAUUUGGUAUAAAAGCUGAUGCGUCUCUCAAAACGUCUGCCGUACCUAUCGCACCCACCGUCGAUCCUGCACUGGCUGAAUCAAGCAAAUUAAGUAAAUCAACUACCUCGCUGUCCUCGUUGGUUUUCGCCCGGACGGGAUUUGAAGUACUCGAGGGGGAGUUUUUUAUAUCUCUACAGAGUAUUUCAGCUGGACUGCCCCUUUCCCAUGAGGAGAUAAGACUGCGGGACUAUCAGGCUGGGUAUAGGUUCCCGUAG